UCUUGUCGCUGCUACGAUGGCUGAUCAGAUCCCAAUGACUACACGCUCAUAUUACUUCCCUACAUUCGGCUCGUAUACCAAUCUCACCUUGCAAACAACGCCUAUUCCGCCUAUCAAGGCUACCCAUGUCCUCGUCAAAGUCCAUGCUGUUUCGCUACAGUACCGCGACCUCGUCAUCGCCUCGAAUAACUAUCCAGCAGCCAUUAUACCAGACAAUCUUAUCCCAUGCUCAGACAUGGCCGGGGAAGUAGUGGCCGUCGGUUCUGAUGUGACGCGCUGGAAAGUCGGCGACAGAGUCUGUGCCAAUUUCUGCACUGAUCAUUUAGACGGAGACAUCGACGCGGAUAUCUUUAAUUCGACUCUUAGUGCAGGACAGCAAGGCGUGUUGACAGAGUACAGGACUUUCAACGAUUAUUCAUUGGUCAAAAUACCCGAGCAUUUAUCCUACGAGGAGGCGUCGACGCUGCCUUGUGCUGGGCUCACGGCUUACAGUGCGCUCAUGGGACCCAAACCAGUUAAAGCAGGUGAUAGCGUACUUAUCCUCGGAACUGGUGGCGUGUCCAUUUUCGGUUUACAGUUUGCCGUUGCCUCCGGAGCAACUGUUAUAGCAACAUCGUCCUCAGACGCCAAGUUAGCCAUCGCCAAGAAACUCGGCGCCACCCAUACGAUCAACUACAACACGACUCCCGACUGGGACAAGGAAGUUCUGAGGCUAACCGGUGGAAGAGGCGUCGACCAUGUUUUGGAGGUCGGAGGAUCUGGUACCCUCAAGAAAUCCAUAUCGGCUGCACGGUAUGCAGGAUGCAUUCAUUUGAUUGGGUUUGUGGCCCAAAACAACAUUUCGCCCAUGGAUUUCAUUGUAGCUUGCAUGAGCAAGACCAUUCUCAUGCGAGGCAUAGCAAUUGGCUCUGUUGCACAGUUCAAGUCAAUGAACCGGCUGUUACGGGCUCAUACAGAGUCGACGCGUCCUGUCAUCGACAAGGUGUUCUCUUUCGAAGAAGUGAUUGAUGCGUACGCGCACUUGGAGAGUCAGAAGCACGUUGGGAAGGUAGUUAUUCGUGUCGGUCCCGCGUGA